AUGAUUCUGUCCUCCUGUCUUCGACCUUCCUCGACGUCACUGGUCAAUGCUGAACCGGUUUCAGACGGGACAAGAUUCAGAGACAGACUGAAUCUGAACAAUCAGACCGGAUCUCUGAGCAUCAGGAACAUCACAAUCACAGACUCUGGAGAAUAUAAACUAGUGAUCAUCAACGGCAGUGAUACUGAAAAGAUCUUCAAUGUUACUGUUGUUGCUGAACGAGGUGAAAUAAGUGUGAAGGAGGGAGAAAAUGUUACGUUGGGUCCCGGUAUUAUAAAAAAACCAAUUGAUCCGAUGAGGUGGUAUUACAAUGACACUCUCAUCGUUGAAAUCACUGAAGACCAGUGUAAGAUCUGGACCAAUGAACAGGGUCAUAGUAGUAAUGAGAGAUUCAGAGACCGACUGGAGGUGAAUCAGACCGGAUCUCUGACCAUCAGGAACACCACAAACACAGACUCUGGAGUUUAUCAUCUACAGAUCAACAGCAGCAGAUUCAGCGUCAUCAGGAGCUUCGGUCUCACGGUCACUGGGGCCGCGGUGCAAGCUCCCAUUCGAAAGGUUUCAGUUUCAGGUCUGGCUUCAGGGAUACGCGUGACUGUUUUCCGGGGCAUUAUCGACAGUUGUGAUUUGAUGAAGGCGCUUCGCAAAGGAUGGAAAAAGGUCACAAGAUUUGAGAGGAUCCCAAGUGGUUCAUGGAUCUGCAACACUAUGUCCAUACUUCAGCUUUAG